GGCUGCUGAAAAGUAGUGAGGGAUAUAAAUAUGUAAAUUAUAUAAUUAUAUACUAUGGUUAUAUUUAUAGCAAUUCAAUAUAAUUAUUUGUCUUUGGUUAAAAAUACUUACUAACCUUUACGUCUAAUAAAGCUCUAUAAUCAAAAGUGACAAAAGAUUUCAAUUUUUUGCUCUGUGUUUAUCUCAUGCAAGUUGCUUUUUUUUUUUCUGCAUCUCAUUUUCUAUUUUUAUCUUUAAAGAAUGGUUGUUUGUUUGUUUUUGUUGUUUUUUUUGUGUGUUUUUUUUGGUUUUGGGGGGGGGGGGGGGUUUUUUCUUUUUUGUAGUUUUUUUUUUUUUUUUUUUUUUUGUGUUUUUUUUUGUUUUUUUUUUUUUUAUUAAUUGUUUUUUUUUUUUUUUUUUUUUUUUUUUUUUUUUUUUUUUUUUUUUUUUGGGGUGUUUUUUAUAUCUACUCUUCAGAAGAUUAUUUUAUUUCUAUAUUUGUGUUGUAGGUGUGGUUGGGUGGGUGUGGCCCGGGUGAGUGGGGCCCAGGUGGGUGGUCGCCCUCCCUUGAAAAUUAUGGUGAAAUAUACCAUGGAAUGGCGACGUGAUUUAGAAAUGAAUAGAGUAAGUCCGAUUUUCAACAAUGGGGUGUGGGGCGCGGCGUUGCCGACAUUGCUAGACGGGAUUCUAUUUAAUUAGCAGACUUAUUUGGACACGGGAUCGUCCCCUAAUUAUGAUGAAUUAUGUUAAAUACUUUACAGCUUCAAAUUAACACAAAUAAAUUACAUGGGACGCACAACUUUCAAUCUUCUUCUUCUAUCUAUAUCAGCGGUUAUCAACCUGUGGGUUGCGACCCCUUUGGAGGUCAAACGACCAUGGAACAUUAUAGGGGUAGUCUAAGACCAUCAGAAUACACACAUUUAUGAAGUAGCAACGAAAAUAAUUUUAUGGUUGGGGGUCACCACAACAUGAGGAAAUGAGGAACUGUAUUAAAGGGUCACGGCAUUGGGAAGGUUGAGAACCACUGGUUUGUUUGCAUUCUUUUUCUUUAAAAAAAAUUUUUUUUAAAGGUUCUCCCAUACUUUGUUUUGCUCAUUUCCAACAAUCCAACCAUCGAAUCAUUUGAAAUUAUACGAAUUUGUAUAGUCAUUAAACAAAUAUUUUUUGCAACAAGUUAUGGAGGACUAUUAAUGAUAUAUAUAUAAUUAUAUCGAAGAAGGGUACAAUUUUGGACUUCGACGUCAAUUUCUGUUUAUUCCCUCUUGUCCACAACUGUCAACUUUCAAACUUUUUCAAACCCCCUCUUUCUAUUGAUAUUGUGUUGAAGCAAUUAGUGUACAGCCCCACAGUACAUUGUCACUACUUUAUAUCCAAUUUUCUAAAACACAAUUUUUAUAAAACAAAAUUUAAAAGAGAAAUAAAAGCGGUCGAGGUAGAGGUCCAAAUAAAUUAAUAAAAAGUUUCCACUGUUCGGAUCCUCAACACACACUCAAUAGUGCUGGAACACUUUUCAUGACGAUAGACGUUCCAUUUUUAAGGAAAGAAACGGAAGCACGUCUCAACUGCUAGUGAAAGGUUUUAUUUACGAAAACUUGGAGAGCAACGAAAAGAAAAAGGUAUUACCGCAUAGCCGAACAACUAGCAUUAAAAAAAGGCUUAGGAAUUGCAUACCACUUGCUCCAAUUUCUUCAAGUGCCCACAAAGCUAUUUCUCAAUUAUUGUUUGGCCAAAGUAGACCAAUUCAAUAAAAGUAACUUAAGUCAAGUAACUGUUGACAGUUCUCGGGUUCGCAGUUGACUGAGGAGUUGUCAGUUGACUUUAAAGUUUAAAGUUUUAAAGGUAAUUAAUUAUUAUAGCAUAGAAAUUUAUAAUUAUAGUCAGGUGUCGUUGAUUUCUUUUAGUGGUUUUUGAAAGGUUUAAAUCUUUGGUAAAUUCAGAGAAACAAAGUCAAAGUCGUCGUGGGCCGCUAAAUCUGAAAUAGCCGCAUCUUUUUCUUGGUCUCUUUUCAGUAAUUAUUAUUAGACUAUUGACAUAUUGACCAGCCUAUUGACGGUAUUGAUUGCUGUGUUUAGGUACUCGAUGAAGCGAGGGAGACUACUAAAAAAUGUGUAUGGGAAAUAGGCGUCGGCGCGCGAAAAUCCGAGUUUUUCAUUUUUUGAUAGUGGAACUAUUUCAUUCAUAAAAUAAUUACUAUAUCCCAGAAUUGUGUUCCACGUCUGGCCUUUCGCUUCAGAGGACAUCUUGGCCUAAAUUUUAAUAAAUUUCUUUUUCAUUUACAAUAGGUCAGCUUUGAGUUUGAGAAAAUCCUUGGUAAAUGUAAGGCAACUUUCAUCAUUAAAAUUAAGUCGAAGUAAAAGACUUGUCACUACCAAAUGUUUUUUGCAUCUGGGGAAUUUAUUGAUCUACAUGUAUGCCAAUUUUCACAGCGAUAUGUGUUUUACGAGAGACGCCAUGUUUCUACGCGUUCGCAGCAGGUCAUGCAGUUCGCUCAACCUGAUUUCGCCCUGGGGUGGGCCACGCCCCCUUUUUAAUGGCGGAAGUUGUCGAUACUUAGGAAAUAUUAAUUUAUUACCGCUAUUUACAUCAAAAUAUUUGAUAACUUGUGUUUCAGAAUGCAUUUUGAAGACAUUUAAACUGGAAUGUUUUAAUUUUAGCUUUAACAACCCGGUAGAGUCCAUAUUAUAAAUUAUCAGAAUUUACGGUGUGCAAAACAUUGUCAUUGACAACCAUUCACAGCCACUUGCAUAAUGGCUGUAUCGUAGUACUACCUCAGAGUUUCAUUCAUAAGAGUUUGCCGUGUGCAAAAACUAUUAAACCAUUGGUCAGGGAAAGCUUUAAUUAGUUAUUCAUGUGCCAAAGUUCAAAGUUUAAACUAAGUCGACCCUAAACAGUAUUUUAGUGAUAAGGGAAUGCGUUGCCUUAUAUAAAGUAUAUAGUCAUUGCGCAUGACGCGAACAGCGGAAUGAGGUCACAAGAUGUGCCCAUAGUAAAAAGUACCAAACGAACUCACACUUUAAAAAUUCAUAGCUCAAAAACUACUUAAGCUAAAAAUUUGAUUCUGGUUUCAGUUUUUUUUAUUUGGAAUUUGCUCUAACUUUAUUAUUUAAAAAAUUAUUUCAUUUCAAUUAAAAAAAAAUUUAUAUUAAAGUACCUACCGUGUUAGUAUUUAGAGCUGGAUUUACAGUGACAUUUCUGUAUGAUGGGUGUACCCCCUUUAUAUUCACCCCCCUGACUGCUGCACCCUAGUCCAUCAUAGUAUUCAUAGCCUAGGUUGACCCUUCAGAAAAUUGGGCCUUUAGUGUUGUUACUCUUAUGGUCUAGUUAACUAUUAAACUAUAUUAUUAAUUAUAUAUCUUGAAAUUUAAUAUAGUAUAAGUAUUAGUAGGGCCUACUGUUUUGAAAUUAACUAAAAAAUUGCUUUACUUUACAAUAAAUAGGUUGCUGUUAAAUUUCUGCUAAUGUUUUUCCCUUAACCAUUUUACUUUUUUAAAAUGAAAUCAGGGAACUAUAGGUCCAUCCAUUAGUGACGUCAGAUGUGUAGAUAGCGGGGUAUGCUUGAUUUUGAUAAAAAUGUCUACUUUUUGUUUAAAAUUUGUUUUUAAAAAAAGGGGGGUGGGGGGGGGGUAAAAUCUGCCAAAAUAGCUAUGAGCGUAAUAACCAAUUUUUAUCAGGUUAUACUAUGAUGACAUUGAUACAUUGAAGUAAUGCCAAGUUUCUGGUCACUCUUCUGGCUUCUGGUCAGAUUUCCAGAUUCACACAAAAAUGCUGCAUAAUUUAAAUUGUGUUUCCCUGCUGCAUUGGUUGGUGAUAUAAAUCUUAUUACCUCCAGCCCCCAAAGGCUUUAAGGGGGCAGCCGUAUAAUUUGAACACAUGGCUUUGGGAAGGGGGGGGGGGCACAACCAUUGAUCAAAUAUUGUCUAUAAAGAUACAAUUUACGUAGGUUAUUACGGAUGUAUAUCAUUAUAAAUCAGAUUUUUUUAAAAAACAUCUUGUACUUGGGUUGGUUUGCAAAUUUAUGAGUUUAGGGGUUGGUGGGGGCUGAUUUUAACAUUUAACAUCCUAGUUACUACCACAUUGUUUGAAACCACUGUAAACUAAGCCUCUGAGUUUCUCUGACCCGAUACAUUUUGUUUCUGAGGACUAAUUUUACCUUACAUUUACCCAAUGAAUAUUGAUUUUGGUCUAAGACUUGGGAAAAGUGACAUAAAAUUUGGCCACACAUCCGGCUGACAAUGUAGUAAACAGUCUGCUAAAGAUCCAGUCAUUUUUAAAAUAAAAAAUUCCUAAAACCAAUGAUAAUUUAAGAAAAACUAAUUGGAAAGCAAUAAAUACUUGUCCUUGUUAUUUGCACCUAAAUGCAGUGUCUGCAAAACCUCUUUAUGAAUGUCCUUUAAAAAAAAUCUAUUGUACAAUAAAUGUUUUAAAAAGUUAUGAAGCAAAAUAAAGCAGAAAUCUCAGUGUUUGUCAUUUGUUCUUUUUUUGCUUUAAAUUGGAAUGAUCCUUAUCAGGAUAAAUUCAACUUGGAUGAGACUGCGAUUAAAUAAAGAAAUGGUAAAAAAAUAGACUUAUGGCUCAUGGCCUAUGACGUAAGAUUAUACAAAUAUUAAGACAUUUUGUAAAGAUUUUUUGAACAAUUUUGCUAAAUAAUUUUAAAAAUAUUGUUAAAAUUGUUUCGGUAAAUAAUAAUUUUUGUCAGUAAAAAGUGUGAAUAUUUAGAAUAUUUAUUAGUAAAUAUUGUAACAUUGCUUUUGAACCUCAGCUUUAAACAACAAUUUGUGUGGAGGCACUGCAUUAAUGAUCAAGAAACUAUAACCUCUGCCCCGAAUAUAAUAUACCCAACAUUGCUAAAUCUCUGUUUGAUACAUUUUGAUUUACUGGAACAUAGAUUUCAUGCCAUAUUGAGUGAAACCAACAUUGAAAUCAGCAGACACAUUAUAAAAUCUUUGUGUAGUUUGUGAAUAAAAAAAAAAGGUCACUAAAACACAGACGAGUGCUAAGUACUGGUCAAUGCAAAAUGGUCCUUUGGUCUUCGAUUAUUUAAAAAAACAACAACAAAAAACGAAUUGUAUGCUUUGAAAUUAAAUCUUUAGAUUAUUUUGUUAGGCAUCUAUAAAGUUUCCAAAAUUCAUGCCUCAAUUGUAGUAGUCAGUAACAUUGAUAAAAUAGUCGACCUAGGCUAUGGUGACCAUGUCAUCCAUGUUUAUUGCCACAUUAUGAUGAUGAUGAUUGAAUACUUUUAUAGCGCUUGUGUACAUGCUAUUUUAGCAUGCUCACAGUGCCCUAAUGUCCUAAAAUCUAUUUAAAGAAAAAAGUCUUAAAUGACUUUUUAUCAUUUUCAAUUUCCCUCAAAGAUUGAGUCAAUGUGAUAAUUUAAGCACAAUAGCUUUAAAAGAGCGCAAUCCAUAGGACUUCUUUCUGUGUCCACCCACACAGGGAACCCUCAGUAAGGACUGUGUUGAAGAGCGCAGGUUCUGUAAGGAUACAUGUCUAGAAAUCAGUUUUUGAAGAUAUUCAGAUGCAGAGCCUUCUAUAGAGCUGUACAGCAGGGACAGAAUUUUGUGGUCAAUGGGCUCACUCACAGGAAGCCAGUGGAGAUCUUUAACUACUGGGGUGAUAUGGUCAGAUUUCUUUAUAUGCAAUAGAAUGCGUGCUGCAAUAUUUUGUACCUUCUGGAGUCUCUGAAUUUGGUUUUGAAGUAACUGUUACAGUAAUCUAAUCUUGAUUGGAUUAGAGUGACUGCUACGGCAUUGGCUGUUCUCUUAUUAAGUUAAGGAUGCAACUGACCCAGGGCGUGUAAAUGACAGAAUCAAGCCCUGACCACAGAACUGAUUUGAAGGAUCACUGUACGUUUACUGUCCAUGUAGAAGCCAAGGUCUCUAACAGUGUUGGACAAGGGGGAUCUCAGAAGCACCAACUUUUAUCGAUGAAAUAGCAACCUUCCGAAGAUUGGCAUCAGAACCAUUAUAAUUGCCUCUGUCUUAUCGUCAUUUAAUUUAAGUCUGUUUAAUGCCAUCCAUGAUUUACCACAAGACAGCAGCUCUCGACAGCUUGGAGAGCAGCAGCUCAGUCCAAAGGAUCAGGGUGGAAACACUUGUACAGUUCUGUGUCAUCCGCAAAUAAUUUGCGGGAUGUACUAUGACUUUCAAUCAUUCUGCCAAGCUGGCUAGUGUACAUGGAGAAUAGAAUAGGUCCUAAAAAUGAGCCCUAUGGCACGCCACAGGUAAGGGAAAUGUCCAUGGAUGAUGCUUAAUUCAUCACAAUACGCUGAGUCUUGUCAUCAUCCAGAUAGUGGUCGAAAGGUAGUUAAACAUUUUUUUAGGCCUAAAUUUAAUUGAAAUUAAAUUUGUUUAUAUAUUGACACACACAAAUGUAUAUUGCAGAUAUAUUAUGAUUCCAAAUGAAAGUGUUGGGACUGCAAUCCUUGGUGCUUUACCAUGUAAGUUAAUAAUUAUUGAUGGGUUGUUGAUAAAGGUUGCCCUCAAACAGGGGAGAUAAGUUCAAAUAGGGGGAUGGGGGGUGUGUAAAGGAUCUUGCCGAUGCCUGCAAGCUGGCAUUUUUUGUUAUAUGCUGCUUUUAUUGCAGUAUGUUUAAAAUUAUUUAGAAGUUUAAAUCUAGUGACGCCUUGCUCUUUAUAGUUAUUAUACGCUCUCAUAAUUUUUAUGGUAUUUUAGCUGGGGGGGGGGGGAGUGUAAGCCACUGGGGGUGGGGGUGGAAGAGAUGCAUAAUUUUUGCAGAUGUCCUUUAGGAACAACCCCUUAACUGGUUAACUACCAUAAACCGCCAGGAGCGGCGGGGCGUGUCUUUUGUUAUGGCCACGAGCCGCUGGUAGCGCCAACGUUAGUAUCGUUGUCAAUGUGACCUAGAUUUAAUUCGGCCUCAGCCGGUUUUUCAAUCUGGUAGGUAAUCGGUUAAUCAAACUUAAUUUUUAAAUACUUGGAAAAAAUCUAAUGUUGGAAUUUUUCUUUGUAAGAGAAAUUUUAUGUUUAUUUAAUUUUUAAUUCUCCUUAGGGGUGAAAAUGUAUCUGGAUGCAAUAGUUAUAUUGAUACAGUUGAUAGAUAUAAUUAUAUUAUAGUUAUAUAUUUUCCUUGUUCAACAUUGAUGUAAUUUUUACAAGCAUUCUGUACCUCUUAAUUAAAAUUUUAAAUACUUGUAUUAAAUCAUAAUUUUAAAAAACGUGUAUUUUGAAAACCUUAAAUGCAUGUUCCAAAUCAGGGGUGACCGAACCACAUGGCUUUACUGGCCAUUUUGAAUACGAGUUACUUUUACCAGGUCACAUGUCACUUCACUCACUUCACCUAAUAAAUAAAAAAAUAAAAAUAAUAAAUGCAGUACAGAAUUACUUAUUUAUUCUAAAUGCCAAUGUAGAAAUGCAAAGUUAGAACAAUGUAAAACUAAAGUGACAUUUUUUAAAUUAUUUUUUUCUCUUAUUAACUGGCCACUCCUGUUCUAAAAUGAAGGUCAGAGAAUAUUUGUUAACAAAAACACUUCAGGUUAUCAUAACCAAUAAAUGAACCCUUUAUCAGCCUUCCUGCAUACCAAAUUUUAACUAAAUAUAAAUGCAAAAAUAAUGCAUGAAGUUUGUAAUAUAAUGUGAUAUAAAUAAAAUAAAUAAAUCUUACUAAAUUGUGAAACCACAAUUUCCUAAUUUUUACAGUAGUUAUCAUGUAAAAUAUUUUUUUUUAAAGUUAUUUAAAUUGUAAUUUCAUGAUUAUAAUUGAAAUAUAAUCGAGUUUUGUAACUGCAAGUUCAUAAAUUGAAUUUUAAUUAUUCUUCUUAAAAUUAUUUUUCCAGCACUAUUAUCAUUUGAUUUUGAACCAGUUGGACGAUGGUUUGAAGCGCACCAUAGAAGAGCCCAUAGUCUUCACUCUCAUUCUCACCAUUCUUUAGAUGAUAGUUCUAGUGAAUCUGAAGAGGAAGAGGAGGAGGAUCAGUUUGAUGAAGAGGAUGAAUCAUUACUUCUUAGAUUAGAUCCAAAAGAGUGGAAGGUAUAAUAUAUUUAUAUUUGAAUUUUUUAACAUUAAUUUUAAAAAAACUUCUUCUAAUACAUAAUGAAAAACUGAAGCUGCCAUACCAUACCAAAGCAUAAAAUACACUCAGGAAAGGGACUCAACAACUUUUCUAUUCACAUAUUACAAUUCACAAUAAGAAAUAAGUCUCCAAGUAGGAAUUGCAUAAUGGUCAUAAUCUCAUACACUUCAUAUACUUUAUAAUAUACACAGAUUGAAGAUAGGCAUUCCGAUGCUAUAAGGUGUAUCAUUUAAACAAUGCAAGAGCAAGAAUCACAAUACAAAAUCUGUCUUGACCAUUCGAAUAUCUCUCUCACACACUCUUCCUGUCUCUGCGCAAGAAAUUCACAUUUUUAUCUUAAUACUAAGAAUAACAAAACAAUUCAUUCUUGUAAUUAUGGAGCUGUUACACAUAGCAACAGCUACACAUUUAAUCUCCACACCUUAACACGCAUCCCUUGAACAAAUUGGACAAGGUUUGAAGUGGACUGGUCUCAUUUGACUGACCACAAUUUUAAGCAGUACUGCUUCAGGUGGUCCACAGACUGGCACUAGUCAAAGAUUGUUACAUUGCCAAUAUGCACAACAUGAGUCAAGAAAAUGGAAAAAUUAUAAAUGUUUCCUUGUUUGAAUGGAUAGUCAUUCUCCUUUGCUUUAGUAGCACUUUCAAUAAUCAAGUUGCAAUUUAAUUUGCUUGUCAUCAAUAAGCUGGCCCACCUUUCAAAUUCAAUAGUCAAUGUUAGUGAAAAUGAUUUUUUUAAUCCAACAUUUUAAAAAUAUUCCCUUAAUUUAUAAAUUUGGUAAAAUAACUGCUAUUAAAGUUUGUUUAUUAAAAGGGUGAUGAAAAAAUUAAAAAUGGGUAGCAUUAAAUGACAAUAGUUAAUAGAAAAAUCCUAUCAAGUAGGCUAGUCAAGGAUUUUUAAAAAUGUAAUGACUUAUUUACAUUUAAGAUUAAAGAAAAAGAUAUAUCUGGUCCAAUGUGGUGCCUUGGGCGGUGGCCUUGUUUUUUUUUUUCCAUUGCAGGAUCGUGUUCACCGUCCUUAGUCUUGCUGUGAUCACAAACCCCUCUCUGGUAGCUGUUCUGUUCCGGAUCAGAAGAUCUCUACUGAAAUUUUAUUUGCUUUCACCUUCCAGUCUAACUUGCUUCUGUUACUGUCAUGAGGCUCUAGUUCAGCUAAUUUACAGAAAGAAAGGCAUUAAAUUUUUAUACACAGACGUAAAUUGAUGUUGGCCAUAAUGGAAAAUCUAGCAUCCAGUUUAAUAAGAUAAUUUCAUCAUUAUUUAAUACUAUUUGUAGCAUCAAAUAAUUAUCAAAAUAUUUGAAGCUCCCCAUCCCAGCUAAGGAUCUAAAUUUGGUAUUCUUGCCUACCUAAUGGUCGUAAUAUUGCCUUAUCUACUACUACUACAUACCAUGUAGAUACUAGAAAGGAAAUUUUAAUUUUUAAUAUGCUCUUUGAAUUAUUGCUGUCAUCAGUUUAGAGAAAAAGAAAUGGAAAACUAGUUAUGAAAUUUAUGUUUUAAAAAAAUGAAGGACAGAUAAAUACAAGUUUAUUUUACAUUCUGAUUCUAAUAUAAGGGCUUAAGCAAGCAUAGACUCAUAGGUAAUUUAAAAAAAAGAAAGAUAUUCCUACCUUUUGAACUAGAUCAUCAUCAUCAUUCAGAUACAAUGACCAUCUACUAGAUAAAGUUUCUACUAGAUCAAUUCAAGAAACAAGCGCUAGUGUGCCCAUGUGUUUCAUUCUCUAUUAAAUAAAUUUGUUUUGCCAUUUUAAUUGCAAAUUUUUUUAUUUGAUAUAUGAGGGUUCAAAAUAAGCAAUUUUUCUUAGGGCUGCUAAGUUGACCUUGAAAUUAUUUAUUAAAAUGCAUGUGACUUAACCUUAAUGUGAAUUUUUAUUACUUAAACAAGGAAUAACUCAACUGUGCCCUUAAAUUACAGAAACAAGACCAUUAUGCUGUGCUGGGGUUGAGCAAGCUUAGAUACAAAGCUUCUGAUGACCAAAUUAAAAGAGCUUGUAAGUCAUUUUUUUUUUUAAAUCAAAUUUUUAAAUAGCUAAUUAUUAUAAAUUAAUGUGUCCCUAAAAAUGUAAGGAUGGUUAUAUUUAUUUUUGAUUGUUUCUGACACUGAUUAUUGGUUGAUUCAUUCACCUCAAAUCCAGCCUUAACCAAAGCAACUUCAAGCUCUUUAAAUGGUUUUAAGGUGUCUUUGCUAUUUCUUCUCUGUGGAGCCAUAAUGUCUCUAUAUGUUAGGUACUUCAAUGGUUGGAAAUUUAAUGUUCCUGUUGGUUGUGAUUCUGUAAGGUCUCUGUGGAAAUAUUGUGUGAUCGGUUCACUGAUGCCCACAUGCAUGUUUUGUGUUUUGCAAACAUUUUUCUAAUGUGAUGUUAAACAGGAUACAUGAAAGUGAGUCUGCUUGUGUGAGACCCUGUCAUAUCUGGAACUCCCUUUGAUUCAACAUUAUGAGUUAGACAUCAUCUUUUGUAUAAGAUGGGAUAGUUUGUUGGCGACUCAAAGGUCCUGUAGACCUUUGUUUCUAGGCAGUUAUUAAAUAGGAGAUUUACAAUAAUGUAACAGUUUAGAUCAACUUAUGAGUAACAAGUGAAAUUAUAAAUUAAACCACACAAUUUGAAAAGCAGAUGCUUGUUUUGAUGUAAAAAACAUGCCAUUCAAUUGGCUUAUUGUAUUUAGUAAAUGAAUCAAACCGAUUAAAAAAAAGAGUUGGUAUAAAUUAUAAAACUUCAAGGUAAUGCAACAAAAUAUGCCUUAAUUAACUCAGUAUAUUGUAAGAGGCUAAAACAUACUUUUAAAAAAGUAAAUAUCAAUAUUAAAUUGGUAAAAACUUUAGGUUGGGACCGUGGUAAGCUAAAUUUCACCUUAAUUCCUUUAAAUUAAAAAAUGAUUGAUGACCAAGCCUUUUUAUUGACAGACAAACAAAAAGUUUUAACUCAUCACCCUGAUAAAAGAAAAGCUCGAGGUAAAUUGGUGAAAGAAGGAGAUGAUGACUAUUUUACUUGCAUCACAAAAGGUAUGUUCAAACAUGAGCACAAAAUAGCCUUGAAUGAAAACAUAGUUACUGAAAAUUAAAAUAGUAUAUCUCAGUAUUCAGUCUCCUUUGUAAAUACUAGAUUCUGUAUAUUACUAAAAUAACAUUUCUAAUCAGAUGUAAGGUAAGCAUUCUCUUAAGUUUUUUUCUCAUGACUAAAAACUCCCUGAGGUACACCUUGUUCACACAUACCGCUCAAAGAAACCUCGUUUAAAAGUCUAUUAUAAUUAAUGUACUUUAUUUGAGCAAGCAUUCUUAUCCUUCUUUUUAAUUAGUUGUAGAUUUGUUUUGAAUACAGCAGCCUCUUUAUAUAUUUCACACUGUGAGGUAGAUGAGUUGAAGUAUUUAUUGGGUACUUAUGCAAUCAAGAUUUUUGGAAUGACUAACAACCAUUUGUGUCAAGAUGAGGAAAUAAGGAAAUCUUUCCAAAAUAACAAAAAUACAUGCUUAAACAAUUUAAAAAAAAAAGGGUUGUACUUUUAAUAAUUUUGAUGCUUGCUAAAGUUAAGAAUAAUAAUCCAAUUAUAUUGAAAAACUGAAUUGAAUCAAACGUUAACUCUUUUCAAGCCCAAAGUGUUAAAUUUGUAAGAUUUCUUUAAAAAUUGUAAAAACAUCUCCUAGCCUAAGUUUAUUUUACUUAUUGGUUAGAUGUCUUUGACAAUUUCUGGUUAAUUUCCCAUAAUUUGUUGGUAGGGUUUUUUUUUGUUAUUGAAAAAUUUUCUUAACUUUUAUAUGCCAUGACAAUGAAUCUGUAGUUAAAAUAAGCCAGCCAUACAAAGCGGGCCGUUAUGAGAAUAUUACUGUGUAUUAUUGCGUGUAAUGUGAUCCACAUAUAAUGCAAAAUAGUAACUUUAUGUGAAAAGUAUUCCUAAAAUGUCAUGGCCAUGUAUAAUGCCAUCUAUUAAUCUUGUUCCAUAACAGGAUUAAUAAUGCAAUAAAAAAUUAAAGAAAUAUAUUUCUUUAAAAAGAAAAAUCCUUUAAACUCUUAUAUCAUUUACAAAAAACUGUGCUUAAAACUAUAGAACUAUGCACAGAUAUGAUGUGCAAGUGCCAAAUGCAAGUGGAAGAAAUAGAUUUCGUUGCAUUGGGAUUAGUAUAUAUUGUUUUCAUAUAUGCUAUAAAUCAGCACAGCGCCUGCUCAAUUUCAUAACAUUUUAAAAAGUACUGCAAUAAGUAUUUUGUGUUUUAAAAUAUAUGGUUUUCCUGCACCCUGUGGUACUGCCUUUGCACCCCUAGGGUUAAGAUACUAUGCAAUAAAUUAUAAAUUGCUUUCAGGCCCUUGCACAGACCACAUCAUAAGGAGCAAUUGGCUUUAAACUUUAAAGCUGUUCAAUAUUUCCCUAAUUAUAAAUCAAGAACUUACCUUGAUUGAUUAUCCCAAAUUGAUUAUGUGGAACAAAUAUGCUAUAAAUAACUAGGGCUAAAAUAUCAAUAGAAUUAUGUAUGGGAUGUACUGAGCUGAUAUAGAUAUAGAUAAUCUACAGGUGCAUUUUAAAAUGUAUGCAAAAUUAGUUAAUAACAAGAUUAAUUCCCAAUUCCUGCUCUACAAUUUGUUACAAAAAAUAUGAUUUGUUUUAAUGUUUUUAAACAGCUUAUGAAAUUCUGGGCAAUAAGCAAAAGAGACGUUCAUUUGACAGUGUGGAUCCUGAAUUUGAUGAUGAUGUUCCAAUAAGUUCUAAGGAUAACUUCUUUGAGAUUUACCGACCUGUGUUUGAAAGAAAUGCAAGGUACUUUUGAUAUACAAAUUUUAAUCAAUGCAUUUAUUGUUUUGAAAAUAUCAAACUUAGUCCCUUUAGAAUCUGAAAUAAAUGGCUUAAUUUAGUAAUAAUUAUUGGAAUGUGUUCAAACUUUGUGAAGGGAAUAGUGAAACAAGGUAUGUUGAAGCUUUAAAUGAAAAUAAAAGAGGACGUUUCAGCUAAGAGCCUUCUUCGGCAGACGAGACAAAACAAGAAACAACAAAAUAUUGAAAACAAUUAAAAAACAGUGUUCACCUUGUAUACUAUUGCCAGAAGUUAGGUUAUCCAAAAACUGAAAUAUGUGUGCUAUCCCAAAAAUUGCAGGAAGUAAAAGAAUGUAUGUUUCAUGACUGUGAAAUAUAAGAUUUUAACGGACAAAAAUAUUUUGGAAAUAUGUAAAAUAUAAGAAAUAAGAAAAGAAAAACAGGGAAAUUGAGAUCACUAAUUGGAGAGUAUUUGAUUCAUUAAAUAUGGUGAUAUUGUGCAGAAAAUCAGAAUUUUUGCAGGGAAUCAUUGCUAGGAUUUAAUAUCACCAAGUAAUGUCAACAAUAUAUCUUUUAAGAAUUUUGAAUAUUAUGCUGAAUUCAUUCAUCGUAUAAUUAUAUAAAUUGGUAAAAAUAAAAAUAUUAUGAUCUUUUGUAUAGAAAUCUCAUUGGGGUUAUUAGGUUUGAUGCAUGUUAUUUUUGGAAUGGGUUUAGGCAAGGGCUUAAACUCUGCAGUUAUUUGAAAUGACAGUAGUGUGUUGCUUACAUGGGAGUAUUGUGGUCUGAGGGAUGACUUUGGUAGAGGCAUGUGGUUAGAGGGAAUGUUUCGAUGGGUGUGGGAGACAGUAAGUAGGGAGAAGGGAUAUUGGGGAGAUGAUGUAUCAGUUUUGUGUAGUGUCGAGCAUGGGAGUUCAUUGAUAACUGUUGUGACUGAAUAUUAUGUUUUAUUACGCGCAAUGUGUGUUUGAGAGUUUUAUAAGUUUAAUGAACGCUCUUCCUGCGCUUAACUAAGUGACAUAUUUUUAUGCUGAUUGUGGCGUAUUGUCUAGACUGUAUUGUGAUGUAAGUUUUAGUCGUGCAGCAGUCUCGAAAGGAACUUUGUGGAAGUAGUAUGUGUUUUAUUUCUGUUUGAUAGCGAGCUGCGCUAUAUGCACGUGUUUAUGGAAAUUUACACCCUGUAUGUGUACUUAGAUAUUUAAGUUAUAAUUAUUAUGAAAAUUACUUAAAUUAGAAAGUUAUUGGAUAAGUACCAAGGCAAAGUAAAAGUAACUAAACAUCCCAAAAAAAUAAACAGACUUCACAAUAAUCGGUAGAUGUAACAAGAUAUUUCCAUCGUGGUAACACUGUCUAUGAGACUGUCUAUGUGUGUUUUUGCUAACAAAAAUACAUAUAUUUUGUAAAGAUUUGAUUCUGAAGGGAAUAAUAUAAAGUAAAAUAGACACAUUGAAAAUUUGUCUUUUUCAGAUGGUCAACUAAGAAAAGAGUUCCAAAACUAGGAGAUGAAAACACGCCCUUUGAUGAGGUCAACACAUUUUAUUCAUUUUGGUAAGCUUGAAAUGUUAUUUAAAUGUGGCUUAAGUUAUUUUUUUUGUUCUACUUUUCCAUUAUCAAUACAAUUUUUUGACACUGAAAGUAAAUGAUUUUUUUUAAAUUUAAAUUUUUCAAAAACAUCAUUUUUGUGACUUUAAAAUUAACAUUUACAAAUUGGUAUAUAUACUUCAAUACAUUGAAGAAUAUUUGUAAUCUUCACAAACCCUAAAAAUACCAAAAUAUUUUACACUUACAGUCACACAGCUAAACACUGUAAUGUAAUAUUUGUUCAAAAGCAGGAGCCAACAACCCUUUGAUAUUAGUGUGUCAAAGUAAGACUUCUAGUUCAUUCAGUGUGCCAAUAACUUACAAGUCAACUAUCCAAGGAACAUUUUUUAGCCAUUUAUAAAAGUUUUUUUUUGGUCUUUUGCAUGCCAAUGAUAAUGCAAUUUUUAUUUUUUUAUGGUAUUCAAUUGAUAGUCAAAAUCAUUUUCUAUAAUUUCACUAAAUUCCUUAUUGAAAUAUUAUAUAAAAUAUGAUCUUGUAAAUCAUUCACCAUAUUUUCAGCAAAUGCUGUUGUUGAAAAUAGAAAAUGUUCAUUUUUUUUUUUCAACCUUUUCACCACCGAAAAAUGACUAACCUAACAACAUAACAAAUAAUACAGUUUAAGAGACGAGCUGUAACAGUAACUUCUGACAAAUAGUGCGCUAUGUUGUGACCUCAAAAUUUUCUACACAUUUUCUGAUGCGGACUGUGGUUCUAGGGAUCAGUGUUUGUGGCUGAAACAUCAUUCUCCUGAAGAAUGGAUUUAACACAGACUGAAAAAUUGGAACAUUUCUCAGUAUCAAAGGCUUUAAAGGGCUUGAAGUAUUAUUCUCCUUUUGAAAUAAUAUUUCAGCUAUGCACUGUUGAAGAAAGAUUUAUCAUAUACCAUAGAAAAUUGAAUCUGCAACACCAAAUUAAUAACUCAUAUCCUUCAAAUAAGUUUAAAAAUUCUUCUUUACCCAGGUAUGAGUUUGAUUCCUGGAGAGAGUUUUCAUAUCUUGAUGAAGAAGAAAAAGAAAAAGGUGAAAAGUAAGUACCAAGACAUUGAGAUAACGCUUGACAGUCAACUAGUUAUGAAUAGAGAGACAGGCAUGAAAGAAGGAAUAAUAAUACAUCCCAUACAUACAUUCAGUGAGUCGUCUGCCCCUAGGUUUCUGCCUGUAUAUCACCUUUGCUGCUAUACAGUCCGGCAUCCUUUCAAUAUGUCCUGCCCAGCGCAGUCUGUCUUUUUUUAUUGUUGCAACUAUGGGUGGGUCUUUGUACAAUUGGUAUAGCUCUUGGUUUGUACGGAUUCGCCAGAUAUCAUUUUCCAUCAUUGGGCUGUAUAUUUUUCUGAGGAUUUUCCUCUCGCAUGUAUUGAGAAGGUUCUCUGCUUUUUUGGUUAAGGGUCCAAGUCUCACUAGUGUAAGUUACUACUGGCACUGGUCUUAUGAUAGUAGUGUAUAUUGUCUUCUUUGUUCCCCUUGAGAGGUUUUGGCUUCCCAGUAGCUUUUGUAAGUUGAAAUAGCAACGGUUGCCUGCUGUUAUCUUAUCUUUCACCUCCUACAUUAUUUCAUUGUGCUCGUUUAUAGUUGCCCCUAGAUAUUUGAAUGUAGCCACUCCCUCAAAUUUGUGGUUGUUUAUAUUGAUGUUGUCAUCAGCGUGGGAGUUUCGUGACAUUAUCAUAUAUUUUGUCCCAUAAGUUUGGUUGUCUAAAAACAAAGUAGAUGUUUAUAGCUUACCGAAUGGUCAAAGUGGCACAGCAAAAAAAACAAUAGGUUUACUUUGUUGGGUACAUUAUAUGAGCAUCACUAUAAGACAAAUAUUUUACGUAAUUGAUGACACAAUUAGUUUAUUAUUUGAAAACUUAUGUAAAACACAAAAAUCCGAGGUUACCAUAUAGCCAAUUAUAUAUGGCCACAAAUGUUUUUCCGUCAUUUUUCGAUGUGAGCAGAACUGGUAUGUGAACAAGUUUCAAAAUACCUAGUUCUUUCGAUUUUGAUGUCGGCCGAAAAUCUCAUUAAGCUUUUGGUUUCAGUUAUGUUUGAAAGUCAUUUUUAACUUUUGGUUUGGUUUCGGCCCAAACCAGAAAAGUCACAUACAGUCAGUCUCUAAGCUCUACCUAUACUCGGAAAAGGGGAUGAAAGUGUCCCAGUGUGAUGAUAAUUCCUGUCUUCCAGAUAGUUAGGAUCUCUUCUGUGUCCCUAAUUUCUCAGUUUUUUUGUGGGGUCUAUAGAUUGUAUGGUUCAGUAUCUCUGUGCAGAUUCUGUCAUCUACUAGUUCAGAGGACAGCAAACUUUUUAGUGCAAGGGUCGGCAAGAAGAUCUCGUCUGGUUCUAGGGGCUGGGUGGGUUUUGCCAAAAUUAAAAUGGCCUACAAGUAUGAUCAGAAUAUCUCACUCGGGGUUUUGCCAAAAUUAAAAUGGCCUACAAGUAUGAUCAGAAUAUCUCACUCAUUUAUUUAGAAACAAAUAUUUAAAACAUGUAAAACACUUUUUUCCUUGUCAAAGUGUGCUCAAAGUUAGUACUCAAAAUUGUUUGCAAGUUCUCAUGAGAUAACAUUUCUCAGUAACCAGAUUUCACAUACCCUGUAUUGUAUAGUAUUGAAGAAAAAUCUUGAAGUGAGAAGUAGGAAAGCACUAACAAACUCGCGUAGGAAUGGCAUGCUUCUUCUUGUGAUAACUUUCACAGCUUGAAAAUAAAUCAAAGCCCACACUAUUAAUUGGGCCUCGAAAAGAAUUUGUUUUUUCCCAUUGCCUUCACAUUGGUACAUUCUGGAGACAAGCUUGGUUACAGCUUGAAGUCUGAGAUCGAUUCAUUCACAUUUUGGUUAAAUCUUCAGAAAAGGCUAAUUUCCAAAACCAUUGGCUUUAGUAAAGAAACAACUUAGGGCUCUCAUUUCCAUUCAAGAAAAUCUCAGCUCUCUGAUAAAAAAAAAUAGUGAAACUACUUCCCCAAAAUGAGUCACUAAACAGAAGCAUGUUAGAGUAAGUUAGAAUAUUCUGUUUUUAUUUACAUCAGAAAUUCUUUGAACUGACGAUUGAGAUCAUGGGAGUAAAUAUAGUUCACUUCACUGUUGAUGCAUAAUGCAAUGAAGAAAAGUAGUCUUGGAACAGACAACAUUUUAAACAGACAACACUUUGUACAGCCUUGUUAAUUUGCCAAAUGAAGCUAAUAUAAUUUUUUCAAUUUUUCAUUAACAUUUUACCUUAUUUUGUAAGUCACAAUUUAAUUUUCUUACAGUUAUAUUUGUAAUUCAAUAAACAAAUUAGUUGUCAUUUAAAAAAAAAAUUAAUUAUACAUUGUUACUCUUUUACGGGUUGCGAGACUUAGUCAAAAAAAUUGUAAGGGGUGCAAGAAUAGUAAAACAAAUUCAUUCAGGGUGCAGACCACAGAAUAGGCUGGGAAACACUUAUACAUGAAAACAUGUAUAUAUUCUUUGAAAAAAAUUAAAUAUUGUAAAACCCUGUCAGUUUUAUAUCGAGGUAUCACUGUACUUAAAAUUAUUUUCAACACCUCCCCAUCUCAGUCAAAAGAUGUAUUAACUUAGAAUAGUGGUUCCCUACCUGUGCUCCGCAGAGCCCCAACGCUCAUGCACGUCUCGGCUUUGCGGCUGCUCUAGCAAAUUCUUAAUCAUCAUUAAUUUGUAAGACAUAUGGAAGGUAUAAGGAGCUCCCCCAUAGAAACUGAUUCUAAAAAGGUCUCUAAAAUCCCAUCUCCUUGUUUAAAAUCACAUGCUGUCACUUGAGGAUAUAGCAAAUAAAAGGCGUAGGUGCCAGCGUGUUCACUGUCCCACCAAACAUGCUGUUUUGUUUCUAAAUCUUUCAUUAUCAUAACUGCACAUAGUAAAGUUCUAAAAACUGAACCAUUAACCUACUAGCAAUGUACACCUAUAUAUUUUAAAAAUAAUGAAUUGUUUAAAUUUUGUUUUUUCAAAAUGAUUAUUUAUGACAUUUAAACUUGAAGCUGUCAUUAUUCACAAAGUAGAUUGAUUGUUAAAAACCUUUUUAAUUACAGUCGUGAGGAGAGAAGAUGGAUAGAGAAGCAGAAUAAAGCUGCACGCCAAAAAUUAAAAAGAGAGGAAAUGGUUAGAUUGCGGCAGCUGGUUGGUAAGACUUUUUGUUUUGAGUCUCCAUUCUGUUAGCCGAGUGCUUUCCAAACUUUGUGUCACAACACAGAAGUGUGUCGCCUGCAGAGUUUAGGUGUGUAGUGCAAAAAUUAGCCAUUCCAACAAUUUUAAGACAGCUGUAAAUGAAUUAAGACAAAGUUAUGAACAUAAUGGUGCAAAUGGUAAAUUAUAUUAGAAGCAGACCCCGUCAAUAACAUUUAUUUUACGAAUAAUUGUGAAGAAAUUAGUUCAAAAUUUAACAAACUGAUACUACACAGAAAUUCCUUGGUUGGGUGCUUCUCAUGUAUAGACCAAUGAAUUGAAGAAAAUGAUGUAGAAUUAUUUUUUUUAAAGGAAAAUAAGCUUUUUGAAUUUUGUGAAAUAAUUCAAAAUAAACUUUGUGCAUAAAAUUGGCAUAUAUAUUUUUUAAAUGUCCUAAAAUAUAUUUAAAGAAAAAAGUCUUGAAAUGGUUCUUAAAUUACUUUGUAUCAUUUUCAAUGUCCCUAAACGAUUGAGGCAAACUGCUCUGCAAUGUAGGUGCAAUAGCUUCAAUUGGGAGACAAAAUAGUAAUUUGAAACAGGAAAAUGAAAGAAUUUUGAAAAAAUUUACAAAACCGCCAAUUGCAAGCUAAAAUGUGAUUAAUAGAUUGCUAAUUGUGGACCAUUUGUAAUUUGUCCAAGAGAAUUUUCAUCCUCACUUCCCAAAUGCUAGAAUCCAAGACUCUGAUUGGAUGAGGAGUCCAUUUCUUUCAACUGAGUGAUGAGCUUUUCACUUCUUGAAGAAGAAGAAUAAGUUGAUAUAAUGAUUGGAGUCUGUUAAAAUGAUAUAUACGUCACAUUGGGAAAUGGCUUCGGGUCGACGAGCCCGUGCUCUUAAUCCCCCCACCCCCCGCACGCCAGGUUUCCUCGCCGUCAGACUGUGUGGUGGGGGGGAUGUCCGGUCGACCGAAAACACGUUUAAAGCAUUUGCAGUCCACUCUCCCUGGAGACUGAGUGGGUUUGCUUCCCCUCCAGAGGAAUGGUGUUGCGUUGCCACCACCCAACGGAGUCUUUCGGUUGGGACGAUAAGCUGGGACGAAACAGUCACCUAGGAGCAGCUUUCUCACGGCCGCGUAGCUAAAAUCAUCGGCAUGGGUUUUAACCGCCACCCAAGCCUCAAAUCCAUCAAUGGCAACAAGUAAUCAUGUUACGACGUUACUACCCCUGUUGCGUUGGCUUUUUAGCUUCGGAAGAACAGUACCUCCCUAAUAGUCUGCCUUGCCACGAAGAGGCAAAACCCAUGUGGAUGCCCCCGAGUUUCCUCAGAGACGUGUUUCUCACGAGCAGGAACCAGCAGAAAAUGAUAUAUAAAGCAGGUGGAUUAGCUUUUGGAUUUGCAUUUUACAAAUUGCAUCCACAAUAUAAAUGAAAGGUUUUCAUGAGAUAUGUUGUGCCUGUUUGCCUUAAAAUGGGUUAGUUUAAUCCCAAGUAUGCUGGUACGACCAACAUACUGUGUUUAGAGAUUAUGCAUGUCUAACAGUGUGUCGCCAGCAUGAAAAGUUUGGAAGCUCUGUGUUAGCUUGAUAUAGGCUUUUGACAGAUUUAUUAGGUAAAUAAAUGUUACAUUUGACAAAUUUAUUACAAAAAUAUCUACUUUGUGAAAUGGUUGGCCAAAAUCUCAUUCCAGUACAGAAUAAGUAUUGCCUACAAUUAUAAAUGUUGGUCAAUUGAAAUAAACUUUUGAAGUAAUUGUUAGCUUAUUACCUUAUUUUUCUAUGUCCAACACUAUAUUUUAAGGACCCCUUGUAUAUCAUAUCAGACUCAGAAUAGUCUCCUUUUUUUCCCUUAUAAACCCACUGUGCUCUAUACACUGUGUCCGGAAAAAAAGGGAACCCUUUUGAUAAUGAUAAAUAAGAUAUAAUAAAUCAAAUAUUUAACAUUAUGUUGGAAUUAAAAUGAGUUUUUGGAAUUUAAAAAAUCUAUAAUAUUUACCAUUAGUUUUCAUCCUUCUCUCUGCAUACUACAAGAUGUGAAAACUUUUCUUAAACAGAUAAUGCCUAUGCCUGUGAUCCUAGAAUAAUUAAAUUUAGAGAAGAAGAAAAAGAAAAGAAAAAUGCUGUAAAGCGAGCCAAGCAAGAGGCUGUUAGACAAAGAGUUGAGGAAGAGGAGAGAGUAAGUAUACAUUUUCUUUGAAUUUGGGGCAACAAUGUCCAUCGGAUUUAAAUAUCUUUGAAUGAUAUUUUUCAUGGAUUUUAUUUCCAAGGCAUACAUAUAAAUUUCUGUUAAUAUCGCAACCUGCCUUGGAAAAUACCUUCUUUUCCUUUAGUGGUUGGUCCUGGUUUACUGUCUGUUUAAUUUCCCUGUGCUCACACCAACCAGCUUUAUUCAAUAUUAAUUAAUAAGACUUACUACCAGUUGUUACAACAAAAUGUUCACACCAAUGGUGUCCAAUCCACAUUAGGGAGAAAAGUGAGCUUAUAGUUUCCAAUUUGGGGAGGGGGGGGGGGCUUACGACACCCUGAUAUGACUUACUCUAUUUCCCCAAAAUAUAGCAGCAGUUACUGCUCAUCCCUUUAUUCAUUUUCCCACUAAUUGAGAUAUAGGAGUUUUAAUCAGUUUGUAUCACUUUUAUUCAAUAUUAAUUAAUAAGACUUACUACCAGUUGUUACAACAAAAUGUUCACACCAAUGGUGUCCAAUCCACAUUAGGGAGAAAAGUGAGCUUAUAGUUUCCAAUUUGGGGAGGGGGGGGGGCUUACGACACCCUGAUAUGACUUACUCUAUUUCACCAAAAUAUAGCAGCAGUUACUGCUCAUCCCUUUAUUCAUUUUCCCACUAAUUGAGAUAUAGGAGUUUUAAUCAGUUUGUAUCACAUUGAAACACACUUGACACUUAUUAUUGCUUUCAUAGGCACAAGAAAAGAAUUGAAUGAAACAAGUCAAUCUGUUGUUUCUUUCUUCUUACUGAUCUUACCCAAUAACUGAAUUUCUACUGUAAGGUGCUGAGAUCUAACUUUAAAUGCAUGGGCUGGAAGCAGUUAUUCUAACAUCAUAUCUAAAACAAAGUCUACUCUCUUUAUAGCAUAGCUGAUAAAUUUCUUGUAUGUGUAAUAUUAUAAUUUUAGCAUUUUCAUUUGUCUCUCAUCUCUCCUCCUUUAAAGAAACGUCAAGAAAUUUUGGAAACAGAACGGAAAAAAAAAGAAAGAGAAGAAGAGGCAGCUAAAGCGCAGGUAAAAAAGUCUCUUUUGGUAUAUCAGACCUGUUUACUCUUACGAUUUUUGCGUACAAUGUACAAUUUUGAGGUGUAUACAUUAUAUAUACAGCACGUUUUUGCUCUAUAAAGAGAAUGUAUUGAACGAUUAUAUGAUGAUAUUGUACGAUUUUAAGGGUUUGAGGGUAAACAGGUCUGUUAUAUGAUUUAAACUUGACUUAUUUGGUAUCUAUUUGAAGAUACCUAAACAUUCUAUGUUUCUUACAUCUAUAUAGCCUUAUGGAAGCAGACAUGUGAUUAUCCAUGAUUGUGAAAAAUGGCUUCUAUUUAAAAAUUAUUCCAGAAAAAAAAAUAUUGCUGUUCCAUGAAGUGUUUUUGCUAGUCAUUUCUCAAGUACAGACAUUUGUCUCUUUUUCUUCACCUAAAAAUACUUUUUGUUAGUCUUUAAUUUUAAUAAAUUGUCAAAUUUUUUCGAACCUGGAACUAUUUCCUUUCCAAUUGAACACGAAUGUUUACUUACGCAUCACAACAAUUAAAGAGAGUGCCCAAAAAAAAAAUUGAAAAGAAAAGAAAAAGAUUGGUUAUAAAAUCUAUUUUAUAAAAAUAUUCAUGCUCUAUCUCCAUUUGCCUGGAGAUGUCUUAUAAUUCUAUUGAUGACAUAUUGGGAAAAAACAACACACCUUUGAAUAAAAACAAACAUGGAAAUGAUAGUAAUAUUCCUAUUUAGGAUUAUUUCAAUAUUAAAUUUUUAAAAUUUUAUGUACGUUUAUGAACAUUUUCGUAACUGUUCUUUUUUAUUUGACUAUAUAAAGCGUAUAUUCUUAAUUAGGGCUUCACAGAUUAAUAGUUAGCUAUUUUUGCCAAAUAAUUGGUAACGGCCUUUUUAAAAAAAAUGAUUCAUGUUGUUGUCAGCCUUUUGAUAUCAGAAAACCCAUUUUAGAUCAUAUGGGUUUUGCUCAUGCAUUUUGAUCUCAUUGUACCAAUAAAGAUGUGCAAGUCUCUAGGUGUGUCAUGUGUCCCCACCCCCAUGUUCCCUCCACAAUGGUUGGUAGGUGCUGUUUCUAUUAAUUCUCAGUGCUCACAUAAAUUCUCCUUUCCUCGUCAAAAUUAAAUUUUAAAAAAAAUUUACCAGAAUGUCUAUGCUGCCGGUUGCUUAAAAGGGGAUACUUUUCCAAUUAACCAUUGUUAUGUCACUGGGGCUUUGAUAACAUCAUCCUUUUCCGUUUUUUUAUGCACAAGGGCAACAUCUGACCAUGUCACAGGUUAAUUUAAUAAAACUUUACCAAUGACUGUCCACGUCUCAGUUUGGAUAUGGUUGGAUGAUUACAAUUUUCAUGCACCAGUGUCAAUAUUUACAAUCACAGGGGAUGCUUACUUCUUAUUAGUAUAAUUACACUGACAAUGCAAAACCUAAAAGGAAGCUCUAUAAUAGCGAUUUAUGAAGAUUAUUUAACUAGAUUUCAUUAGAUUUAAUUAAAUUAGCAUUUUCAAAGUACAGUACAUACUUACUUAAUAAUCAACAGUCCUAUCAACACCACAUUGGUUACUGAAACAAGGCCUUUUAAUGGGUCGUUGUGAGACUCUUAAUAUUUGUUUUGUUUUUAUAUUCUGUGUGUGCUCAGCUUUGAUUUCUUCAAACCAUUUUCAUAGGCAACUAUAGCUAGAAAAGAAAAAGAUGCACUCAAGAAACAACUCAAAAAGGAGAGGAAAACACUAAGAACCAUUAUAAAGGUAAAAUAUACAUAAUCAGUGGGUUAAAAUGGACAGCUAAAGUCAUUGGUUCUCUUACUGUGCAUCUGGGCUGGCUUUUGAGGGGUCAUUAAGAAUGCCAAUUUUUUUUUUUUUUUGUCUAUUCAAAGAUUUCAUUGUUAAAUAUAUUGCAUUUAUUAAAAUUUGUACAUCACAUUUUAAAAAAUUUAAUGUACUUGUUUAAUCUGUUUUUAAAACAGCUUACAGCACCAACUUAGCACUAAAAUGAACAAAUAAACUAAAACUUCUGUUUUUAAUUCCCGAGCUGUUGAUAGCACCUGAUACACUAAAGGCACAAUGAAAUUAAAUUUUUCAGGAACAAGUGCCUUAAGUAUUUUGUAACUCGAAAAAGAAAAGAUUUUGUAUGUAAAAUAUACAUCUGUUUUUAUAAUUUGCCAUUACAAUAUAAUGUAUCCUUCAGUUUAGAGGCUACGAAAAGAGGCUCCUAUUUAUUGUAACAUGGUUCCACACAACCUAUUUAGUGCUUAUUUUAUCAUUGAUCCACACAUCUUAUAAACUAGGGGUGAGCCUGGUAUUGAUCCAGUUACACAGAAAUCCCAAAUAUUAGCACACCCUGAACAUACCAGGAACCGGGUCUGGGUAUUAUAAAUGUUACUAGACUCUGACUACACAGGUACAUAAAAUGAGAAAAACACAAAAAAACUUUGAUUCAUUCUGUAGAUGUCAGCAGCUUAUUUAAUCUAAAUAUUUGGGCAGUUUCUUUUAAUCUUUUAAAAAUUAUAUCAUAUAAGAUUUUAUUAAUUUUUUUUUUAGCUCUUUCCAAGCUCUUAAUAAGUUUAUUAGCAAGUCUUAUAUGAUGAAACUGUAGACCAAAAUAAAAUAUACAUUCAUUAAGUUAUUUACAAAGAAAUUUACACAGAUGAUACUAAGGUUGACUUGAAAAUAUCUAUAAAUCAGACUUGGAUUUUACUGGUUAAAUUAUUUUCCAUUAAGAAAUUUGUAAAAUAACUUUAUAUUUAUAAAUAAUUUUAAAAUUUGGCUUUUGCCUAUUCAUAGGAUUUCGAAUACUUUGCAAGUACAGAUGAAGAAAAGAUAUUAAUGAUGCAAGACGUGGACAAAGUAGCAGAGUUACUUUCCUUAACCAAGUAAGAGAAAAUAUAUUUUUCAAAAAGCACAUAUUGCAGUAUGUUCCAGCUUAAAAGAAUAUUUGUAUAAUAAUUGAUUACCUCCCAAACGUAGUUAACUCUUAGUGCCGUAGAUAAAAGAAUAAACAUAGAUGAAGGGGAAGGAAAAGAGGAAAAGGAAAUAGAUGGAGAUUGGUUUAUUGUGUUCAAAUGGAACAAGAACCUACGUGAUAUAUUAUUGUUAAAUGGAACAAGAACCUACGUGAUCUCCUUGUUCACAGGCACCACAGUCCUAUCACCUCCCACUUUGAUACCAAUCCAUAUGGACGCAGCCUUUGCAAGACUUGUCCUUUUGUUAUACAGACUUCACACAUUCCCUUUGUUAAGUGUAGCUUUCAGAUAAGGGACCAUUGCCUUUGCACAAGCCGCAAUGGUAUCUACGCCAUUAUUUGUACCCACUGCCAUAUGGCUUAUCUGGUUGGCACCAUAUCUCCAUAUGGUAUUAAUCAAAUACUAUCCUACUAAUGUUUCUCUUUUUUCCUUGUAUUUCUACUAUUUUCUUAUUGGUGUGUGUUUAUGUAUCCCUGGAUAUUCUGGUCCAUUAUUAUUGUGGACCUUAUUUUUGAAAAUUUUUCACAGUGUCAAUAUUUAUAUUCUCUCACUUCCUGUAACCCUACUUCCUGUAACAAUGGAUAUUUAUUAAGUUGUUUACUGUGCUCUGUUCCUUGUGAUAUUUUCAUUUGUCCUGUGUGCUGAGGAAGGCUCUAUGCCGAAACGUUCUAAUCUUAUUGUCCUGUCCUUAAAUUCAAGCUUCCACAGACCUCGUUUUGUCAUUUCCUUGAGACUAGUCAGCGGCUUUCAGCCUGAUGUGGUUUAAGCAAGGGUGCCAGUGACUUGUCAAUUACCGCCAUUGAUUCCUCUACCAACGCACCCUCCAGGGGGAAAAGGUACAAACGAUGGGACCUAGGUCCCACAUGCCAUGAAUGUCAUGUUCUCCUUCCCUUGUUAAAUCUUUUCUGUGCCACCACCUUCUUACAAGCAAUUGCAGGGGACUUCCUUUUCCUGUCUUCUUCUUUCCCCUUUGCCUAUAUUUAUAUUCUUACCUACAAAAGGUUUACUACAUUUCUCUUGGUGUUCUCUGGGAUACAACAUUACAGCUAAGUUUUUAUUUUUAUAUUUUAUUGUGGCUCUUUGUUGGUACUUUAGUCUGGAGAAAGUUCUUGCGACCUGUUCAUUGUUUUGUUGUGUCCUUUUUUUCAGGUUUUCUACAUAUCUUGUUUUACAUAUAUCCUUUUUACCUAACCUGAUUACAGACCCCCUUAUUAAUAUAGCAACAUUUCUGUUUUGCUUUAUCUUGUCCUAACUGGUAAGCAAGUAAAAGCCAGAUGUUACCUGUUGUAUACAAUCUGCAAAUUCCUUGACAUAGCAUGGAAGUAAGAGAUAAUAUGAUAUUUAACCACAUAAGCUCCUACUUCCAGACCCUGGCUGAAUGUGAAAAGUUCAGUCUUUCAAAAAGUACUCUGAGAAUCUUAUAUAGAUGUUUGAAAAAAGAGGGUAAUUAAAUAUAAUUAUUUACAGAUAAAUCGUAAUCUUCCAAGUUUCAUUUCUUCAUAGGUUUAUGUAUUUAAAAAAAAUAUUAGAUCAACUAUUAAACAUAUAAGAUUAUGGCUCUUAUCCUUUAAGUUUACAAGAGCUAAAUGAGAAUCUCACCAAAGGAAAAGAUUCUGCAAAAGAUGCAUUCUUGAACAAGGUAAUUAUCAUUUUCAAAUAAAGUUGUAAGGAACUAGGUUAAUUGUUGAGUCUCAUACCUAUAAUUGACAGUUAGGAUGGCCUCAGACACAGACACACACCCUCUGCCCAAAAAUAUGAUUCCUAGCUAAAUUUGAUUCAGUCAGGCUAAUGAGCAAGUCAUGUUACACUUAGUAUAAUUCCUCUAUGAACAUUAGAACUAAGUUUGUAAAUGACAAAGUUAGUAUCAUUAUGUUUACUGCUUGGUAUAGUCUAGGAAAAGUUCAAUACAAGAAAUUUUAAAAGUAGAACUUUAAAGAACAUAUACUGAACUUAAGCACUUGACUUGCUACAGCCAUUAUGUAGGGACUUUCUAUGGGGAGCCUUGGAAAUUGCACUGGGUUUAAAAUUUUACAAGCACAAAAUUCUCAUUUUGCGCCUGUUUCACAGUCAUAGGUGGAUUUUGAGAGUAAUAAAAGUGUAAGGUAUGUCUUUGUAUCAAAACACUACAUACUUAAAGAUAAACCAUAUGGAACCAUGAAAAACUUCAUACUCCAGAAUAUCCUCACCAAGAGUUUGUGUUCCAUACUAGUUCAAAAGUGUAAAAAUGGGAUCAUUAAUAGUCAACAGUGUGCCACAUUAUCAGCAAAGGGCCAUCCCAUGUAGGGCUCUGGCCUGCUCCAUCACAUCCUUCCAUUGAGAAGGAUAUUGGUCUUCACGAGAAGACUCCUAGGUGACAUAAAUCUGUCUCCACUUUAUCAAUCCAUUCAUAAUGAAUACAAAACAAUAGAAAAAUUAGAAAAUUGUCAAUCAAUAGAAAAAUGAUAUGAAUGAAAAUAUGCACACAUUAAAUAAACAAAGUGCAUAACCAAAUAAAACAAUAGAUAAUAUUACCUAGUAUAAGUAAGGAAAUACUCUUUAAAAAAAUUUGUUGGCCCCCUGCCACUUAAGUGCAAUUUAAUAUACUUUAUAUGAAAUUUUUUGGCCGCAUCACAACUUGGGGCUCUUUAAUUAUCCAAUGCACCCUGUAGCCGCUGAGGUUUCAGGGUGCAUAUGAAGGCUCUGCAUAUGGACAUUUGAAUUUUGUUUUAUUUCAGUUCAUAGUUUGAAAAAGUUUAUAUUAAAAAUGUCUGUAAAAAUUGUGUUUGUCUAAAAAUUUUGUUUGUAAAAAUUUAUUAUAUUUAUAUCUGUCCAUAAAUUUUAUUUUUGCUGAGUUGGAAACAAUGAACUUAUAUCUUUUUAUAUUAUCUUUUGACAUGCCAAGCAUAUUCUCUAUGCCAUCCUCCCAAUGUUGGAGGCAUUACUCCCCAGCAAACCUAGGCAUCUAACCAUGGCACUCCAUUUGUGGAGCUCUGUUCUAAAAGGCUUAAAUUGAAUUAAAAUAAUGUUACCAUAAUUUUUCAGUUGAAAUUAGUUAAUCAACAAAUAGAAGAAGAAAAGCGCCAACAAUUAGAGCUGACCCAACAAAAAUCCGUGGGAGAUCAUCAAAAUGUUCGGAAAUUAUGGUCAGAAGCUGAAACUCAAACACUCAUCAAGGCUGUCAAUUUAUUUCCUGCAGGCACUCAAGAUAGGUGAGCUAAAUUUUAGAAUUUUUUCCAAGCAUCUGUACUUAACUGUGGCCUGCUGGCCAAAUCUGGCUAGCCAUCUCAUUUUGUUAACUCUUCAAAAUGGAUUUUAAAGUGGAUUCACAUAUCUUUAGGCUCACUUAUCAGAAACUCUGGGAUCUAUGUGACUAAACAGAAAACAGUGCUCAUUUCUGAUAGAAAUUAGCAUUUUACCAUAUAACUUUUCAAGACCUUGCAAUGAUGUUCACCCAUUGCAAAAACAGGGGCAACCUGUUUUUUGUUAGCGAGUCUUCUUGCUUGUUGUCAGCAUACCUGUGUGGCCUUAAAUCCUCUGUAAGGAAGCCAUUGCACUUUAACUUUUGAUGGUGUCCUCCAAGAUACUUCUCACAUUAGUCCUCUGAGUCCUUUCAAACUGUCUUGAAAGCAGGUAGUAGUAAGUUAAUCAGUAAAAACUACAAUGCUUGAGACAAUUUUGUCCUUAACUCAAUGGGUGACCCACAAAGCAGUCUGCAGAGAAAAGGACACCAUAUUUCUCCUCUCCUGUCUGUCAGCAUGUGAUUUAUCAUGGUGGAAGGUGUGUGAAGAAUUCGUUUCACAUGAUGGGGUGGGGGGGGGGGGGGGGUAAAUUUUUUUUAACUGCAUUUUUUUUUUAUGGAGUGGGCUUCGUAGGACGAAAUCCACAUAGCCUGGGAUUAUUAUACUUGAAGGAUUAUAAGCUGGUUCCCAACAGCAAAUCGCCUCUCUCCACGCCGCUGGGUAACCCAAGGGAACAUCAUUGGAUGAUACAGCUUGGCACCAGUGACGUCGCAGGAGUUGUCGGAAUGUUUCAUUGUAUCAAUGUUAUCCGCCUUUCGGGGCUCCAUCUCCGGGUUUGAUUUCAGAGUUUCCUUCUCUUAGAUGAGUUGCCGUCCAAGGUUAACAAGUCCCAUCUACCCGGGGUGCUGGUGGUGUUUUUGCUCUAGCUGGAAUUGCACUCCAGACCACCAACUUGAGAUUUGCUCAGUUUAGACCACUCGGCCACCCAGCACCCAUGCCAUUAUCCUAUUACAUACUGAACAUCUGGACAAAGGCCAAUAGUGGGGCCUUAUCUGAAUAUCCUGUGGAUUAAUCAAAUAAUCUUACACUAGGGUAUGGAAAUAGAAGUCUUUGUUAGAGAAAUUUUCUCACUCCCUACUGAACACAAUAAUAUUGAAAGGUCUUCUUUGAAUGCAGUCCUUGUAUUGUACCCAACACAGUUUAUAGGUUCACUUCAACAUGAGGAAAUAACAAUUUUAUUGCUUUUACAUUUACUGUCAACAAUUAAGGUAUUUAUAAAUUAAACUAAACAAAAUGUGUUUUUUUUUCUCAUUAGAUGGGAAGUUAUAGCGAAUUUCAUAAGUCAGCAUGUGUCUGGUAGCAACAAAAAUGCCAAAGACGUAUUGUCAAAAGCCAAAGAAUUACAGAAAAAUGGUAAAUCUUUUUUUAUUUCAAAAUAUAAUUUACAUAAUUUAUUAAUAUUCUAAAAUGUGGUGUGUUGUUAAUGGUUUGACAGGAAUGUCAAUGAAAUGGUACCAUAUGAACUGGAGUAAACAGGUCUCACUUUUUAAAACAAAACUUUUAAUAAAAAUAAUACCAACCCUGGGCUCAAGCACACGUGAGAGUAAGGGAGAAAACAAAUUUCCAGCCAUUCCGCAUCACGCACCAAAUAAAUCCCUUGAUAUGCACUGCUGUCUGAUUAUAUUUACCAUUAUUAGAUUCAAGAGAAAAGACUAUCAUUUUAGAACUGAUGUGAUUAUCCAAUGUUUUGUCUAAACAAAGCAGUCUCAUACUCUAUAAGGAAAUACUACGCCAUUAUGGGCCAUCCAUAUAUUGUAUAAUCAAAUUUUUAAAAAAAUUAAUAAAAAUAAAACAUAUUUAAGUUUAGUCUUCAUUCCUUUGACUAUAAAGAGCACUCAUCUACACCUCUGCACGGUAUUUUUGUGUGUAAUGCAUUUUAAGAAUAUUUAAUUAUUUCUACUAUUUAUUUCUUUGAUAGAAAGUCUUUGUUUUUUUAAUUUUUAUAUCAUUUAUUCCUUUAUUGUGUUGACACAUUUUUUUCACAGCCUAUCUGUAUUUUUUCUUUAACUGCAAUAGUCCCCCCCCCCCCCCCCCCCUUUUUUUUUUUUUUUUUUUUUUUUUUUUUUUUUUUUUUUUUUUUUUUUUUUUUUUUUUUUUUUUUUUUUUUUUUUUUUGUUUUUUUUUUUUUUUUUUUUUUUUUUUUUUUUUUUUUUGGUUUUUUUUUUUUGUUUUUUGUUUUGUUUUUUCUUUGACUUUCAUGUGAGUGAGAAGUUUUGUGGGUUAUUCACAUUUUUUUCCCUUAUCUACAAAUCAAGAAAGGUUCCCAUGUUAUAGAAUGAACUAGGCCAUACUCUGCCUGUGAGUAUCUAAGACAGUAGUUCUCAACCAUUUUAGUGUUCUGACCCUUUGAUUAUAUUUUCCAAGUUGUAGAAACCCACAACCAAGAUCAUUUCUAAAAAUUAAAAAAUUGGUUUUGAAAUGUUCAAAAGGGGGCAGGUAUUGCUGUUCGUGACUUAGGAAAAUUUGAUCACUUAUUCAACUUAUUAAAAUAAAUAUUAAACAAAAACACUAACAUUAUUUCGGAAUGUAACUAUUAUUUUAAAAAGCCACAUACAGACACGUAUGGUUGAUAUUCAUGGUUGAAAUGGCAGCUCUCACACGAAAAAGUUGAUUGAAACAUUAUCAAGCCUUUUUUGUUGUGUUCUCCGAGUUUUGGAAACUGUAUUUCUACAACCGUCUGACAUCAGAAGACUGCUCCUUCCUGGUCACGUAGCAUUUCUACAAGGGUCUGACAUCAGAAGACUGCUCCUUCCUGGUCACGUAGCAUUUCUACAAGGGUCUGACAUCAGAAGACUGCUCCUUCCUGGUCACGUAGCAUUUCUACAAGGGUCUGACAUCAGAAGACUGCUCCUUCCUGGUCACGUAGCUUCAGAUUCAGAUGUUCAUUUCCCUGUUGGUCAUCAAGUGUUCCCAGUCAAAGGGAAGCUUGACUUAGUGAGUGGGGAAUUCGCUGCAACAGCUCUCCAGUCAUCAAUAGGAAGGACAAUAAAUGAAUCUGCAACAAAGAAUAAUCUUCCUAACAGUCUUGCACAAUCUUUCUUUAACUCGACAUGAAAACUUAUCUUUGAUGUUUUCUGUGUAGGAGAUUAACAUUUGUGAAAUCUGACCCAGCUUUUCUUUUUGACAUGUAAUUAUGAACUAUAUGAUCACUGGCAAAUAGUGCACAUUUCUUCUUAAGCGAAGGACAUUUCUUUUAAAGCUCCAUGACAGUCUUUUUCUUACCUUGUAGUAAAAAACUUGCUAACUUACUGAUCUUAAUAUUUAUGUCCACCACACUUUUGCACUAAUCUUGUUCAGGUUUGUGCAAAACUCCACACACUCAUCAACCUUCUUUGAAUGUACAGUUGUGAGAAACUCAUCAAGUAUCCAAAAACGAUCCAAAAAUGUUUCCCUUGCUUAGCCAUCUUAAAUGAUUGUGCAAAAGCUAAUUGAUGCUAUGUUCUGCACAUGACAUAUACAGACCUGUUUACCCCCAAACUCUUAAAAUCGUACAAUAUCACCACAAAAUCAUUCAAUACAUUAUCUUAAUAGUAAAAAAAACCACACAGUGUAUAUAAUUUAUACACCUCAAAAUUGUACAUUGUACGCCAAAAUCAUAAGAGUAAACAGGUCUGCAUAUAAGAGACUUUUAAACAGGCGAUGAAUAGCGUCUUAUGAAAUUGAUAAGCUUCACGUCUAUUCAGUGCCAGAUUAAACCUGCAUUUGAAAUUCUGCCUUUCCCUCAGUGGUUUACCUAGGGGGUGCAAAGGGGCAGCUCUUCAGGGUUUAUCUGUAGGCUAACCAUAUUUAAAUUGGUGUGUGUGUGUUAGAUGAUGCACUUUUGGGUGUUUCCCCUCGGGCAGAAAAUAGUCAAGUUUGGCCACCGCUCCCCACCCGGAUCCUCUUGGCAUUAGUAGUACUUACCAUGUACUGUUUUGUUUACCCGCUGUUCUUAAACAUGCUAAAUUGUUUAACUCUCAAUUCAGUACGUGACAAUUUCUAAACUCUUUAAACGUAUUUUGUUCUGCAUUUUUGGGGGGAAUGAUAAAGUAUAUUAGCCAUGAUGAAGUCUAAUGAAGUAAUAACAACUAAGAUUUAAGUCUUCAAGAAGACAUACCUGAUCAGCAUUAAUAAAAACUUGAUGCCUUAUUUUCUGCUCAGGUCAAAGUGGAUGAAAUAACAAGUUUGGUCUUAAUUUUAAGUAUUAUUUAGGCUGCUUAUAGGUUGAACCAUGCUAACUUUGAGUUAGACUUAAAAAUGACUUAAAAAAUCGAAGUUUUUUUUUAAAAAAAUUGCUGCAUUAAUUAUUUGUGAAUAAAGCAUGAUUUAUCUAUUUUCUUUGUGAAGAUUAACAGAAAUUUAACUCAAAUAUAUAAUUAAAGUUGAUUUUUUUUCUUUCUAUCAUGUUCUUUUAUUUGACCUCAGACAUGAAGCUCAGAGAUGAGGUGAGAAAAAAUGCUUUUUCCCAGUUUGAACAAAGUCACAAAGCUGCAAAGUCUGGGGAUAUGGAGAAACCAAGUGAGAGACUGGAGAGUGAGUUGACUUUAUAAGAAUUAGUUCACUGCCAUUAUUGACAAUACUGGCAAUGUCAGUACUAGGAUUUCUUAACCAGAAUUCCUGUCAGUUUCAGUUCUAAACAAAAUAUCACUUGAGAUUCUCUCAUUCUGGUAAAGCCCGGGUACCAACUUUUAAACAAACCAAUGUUCUUGGUUUUUGACAUUUCAGCAUGUCACACAGUACAUUGUCUCCCAAUGCACUGAACGGUCAAGCUCAUUAGGGUCUUGUAUGCAGAUUAUCAAACCUUUUCAAGGGGUGACUGCAUUUUAGAGAAGAGUUGAUAGGGGGGUUGGGUUAAUGCAGGCUCUUACAAUAUUUGGUGCUAAAAGCCAUAGAAGUAAGAAGUUGGGGGAUUUUGUUUUUUCACAUUUUAUCGUUAGCAAACUUGCUAUUGUUGAAGUUGGACUAGUUUUAGUGGAUUUGUUAUUGUGUUGUACAAGAAAAGAUCAUUUGUGUAAGCAUUUUUUUUCUUGAAGUCCUUCAAAAGCCUCUCAACAAACGUGAACAUCGUUUUUCAAUUAUUAAAAGACUAUAAAAAAUGAGCAAUUAUUAAAAGUCUCUCUUCUAUAAUUGAAUAUUCCAGCUGAAUAGCCUCACUUCGCCCCGACUCGACUUCGUUCAGCGUUAGGUUGUUUUUUUUUUCCAUUUUGAAGAACAGAUUCGGAAAGCUUAAUUAUGUUGUAAGAAAGUUCUCUCUCAUAUUGGUGAUUAACAUUGAGUAAGUUCAGAUAAUGAUACGGUGAAGGAAGGCCAAACUCUUUAAGUGGUUGGUUAGAAAUUGAAAAUGCUAUGUUUGCUAGGAUAACUAAACAUUCAGAAUGCUAUCAACAAAAAAUAUAGCAAAGUUUCUCAAUCUCAACACCAUAACAUGUUCACUAAAUAUUCCAAAACAUGAAACAAAAGACACAUACACAAAACAAAUCAUUAAUAGUAACCAUAUUUCGACCUUUGGUCUUUUUAGGCCACUUAAAAGCUAAAUUUAUCAUAGAAGUAUUAGAAGAUUGGUAUAACCAACCGAAACUGCACACUAAGUCAAUGGCAGAUUGGCAACCACUGACUUGACGUUAAGUUAGUGUUUUUUAUUUUUUUAUAAGCAAAAUGUAUUGUUUUUGGUAUUGAUAAGUUUGCAACCUUAGUUACAUUGUCUGAGAUUUUAACAAAAAAGAUAUAUUUCCAGGUGUUGGUGAGCAGCAGGUGAGAGAACUGGGAACAAACUCAGCCCCUUGGUCAGCAGAUGAACAGAAGUUACUGGAACAAGCACUCAAAUCUUACCAACCUAGUGAACCUGAUCGUUGGGAUAAAAUUGCAUCCGCUGUUCCAUCAAGGAGUAAAAAGGAUUGUAUGAAGCGAUAUAAGGUAAUCAUUUUAUAUAUUUAUAUAGACUUAUACCCCUAUAUUGAUACAUUUUUGGUUUAUAUAUAUAUAUUAUAGAAAUUUGAUUGUCUGUUCCUCAUAGGCUUCUUCAUUGAUUAAUGAAUUUGAACUAACUAGAACUGGUACACGUGCUCAUCAUUUAUCAACUUUCAUAGUUUAACCACACACUAUUAUCCUUUCAUAAUCUUUGUGGGGUUGAUCUAGUAGCUCUUUUAGACCCAGGCUAGUGUGUCAACAGCUUGAUUCUUCAGAUGGGCACUGCUGUAAAUCAUUUUCAUAACAUGGGACUCCCCUUCCCCCAAUCCAGACUCAGUAGGUGGUCAAUGCUUUUCCGGAGUUUGGGAAAAUUGGCAGCAGGUUGGAUCUAGAUCAACAUUCCCCAAAUGAUUGUCCAUGGACCAGCACCGGUCGGUGAGGCUUACGCUAUCGGUCCGCACUAUAUUAGGAGUGUAGAAAUUUAACCUUGUGUGCCAGAUUCAAAUUUUUAGAAUGUGAAGCCUAUCAAUUGAAUGACCACACAAAACAAGACUAAAACAAUUUAAUUUAAAAAAAUUGGCAUUAUAGAUCAUGCCUAAACUGGCCAUCCUAUGUGAUGUUUCCUUGUGAAAAGAGGGGGAUGAGAUAAGACACAUGUAAACAGUUAUGUUGUUGUUCCUUUGCACGCAAAGAUGAUCAAGGCAAUUUGCCACUUGAGCAGUAGCCCUGACUUGAGCAGUAGCCCUGACUUGAGCUGUAUUUUGUUUAAAGUGAGGGAGAAUCGCUCAAUUUCUCAGCCUCACUCUCUCAUCCUUGCUUAUGUGAUCCAAUAGCGAGACUUGGUUGGUCAAGACGUCUGGAAAUAGACCAGUCGUCUUGACACUCUUUAUGCGUCCUACGUCACAGGAGUUUUCAGAAUUUUUAUUAUGUAAUUGUCAUACCACCUACGGGACUCCAUCUCCAGGUUUGAAUUUAGAGUUUGCCUUCUCAUUGAUGAUUUGCCAUGCAAAGUUAACCAGUCCCAUCCACCUGAGGUGCUGGUGAUGUUUUUGCUUGUCUAGGCAUUUGCUGGGGAUUGUGCCCCAGUCCACUAGCUUGAGAUUAACUCAGAUUAAGAAGACCGCUCAGCCACGGGGCACAGCUACACAAGGUGACUGAAUCUAGGCUACAUACUUUGUGUGCAAGUUUGUACUGCUUAUUUUCAUGCAACACAUAUUUCAACCAUAACAUGGCUUUAAAGUAAAAGUGUUAAAUAUAAGGGCUAGCAUUAAAUGGUAAAAUUUCUAUAGAAUUGGCUGAUUACAGACCUGUUUACUCUUACGAUUUUGGCAUACAAUGUACGAUUUUGAGGUGUAUAAAUUAUAUAUACUGUAUGUUUAUUUUUUACUAUUAAGAUAAUGUAUUGAACGCUUUUAAGAUGACAUUGUACGAUUUUAAGAGUUUGAGGAUAAACAGGUCUGUGAUUAUGCUGCAUUAACAAAUAUUUUAUGACUUAUUUAAGGCCAAAUAAAAAGAACAACAAAUAAUCAUUCUGGCACCAGUCCCAUGUGCAAUGGGGAAACUUGUCCCCAGUCUGCCAAGCUAAAAAGUUUGGGAAACGCUGAUCUAGACUAUGGAAAUAGCUAUGGGUUGUUUCUCAUUUGUGUCACCAUGCUCUGGUGCUGGGGACUGAGUCUGUACUAUGGAUAACUUUUGUCUGAUUGUGGCUUGUUUCCAAAUAAAUUCCUAGCAUUUGUGUUGCCAACCCACUCAUCAGAUCACGCUUCCAAAUAGUGGGCUUUAAGCUACACCUUAGAACCUAUGUCACUGGCACAUCAGGUUGGGGCUGGGCGGCCUGGGUUCACGGUAGAUCAUCUGCUCUCUCAUUUCUGUCUGCACCUGAAUGGCCUGAAAUCCAGUGAAGUGGAACAUCCUCAUUUCCAUUAAGUUCUAUUAGUUUCUAUACAUUUCUGGGAAUUGCAGGAAGUAAGUGUUUUAGAAAGUUAUGGGAAACACCAAUGUUUUCAACAUGAUUUUUCUUCUUUUUUUUGUUUUGGUGACCCAGUAUUUUGCUUCCAUGUCAAGUGCGAGGGUCCUAACCCAUCAUUUAGGAAAUACUGUCUGGAAAUGUUCAGUUGUCUAUCACAAAUAACCUGCAUGUUCUGUAUUUUUUCAAAGAGAAAUAAUGAAUAAUAAUAUGUGAAUGAGUCUAACAAAUCACAUUACAAAAUGCAUACCAAGGCAAUGCUGGGUAUAUUUGUAUAUUAAUGUUUUGAUCUGUCUUUGUGUAUGUGCAUGAAGUGUAAACAUUUAAAUAUAGUUGAACUCUAAUUUCCAUAAAAUAAACUUAUUCAUUAAAUAUAUAUUAAAGCAAUUGUUUUCUUUCUGUGCAAACAUGAAAAAGUAACUGGACUGAUUAUCUAAUAUUACAAUUACAUCCAUCUGUAGUUUUUGAUAAGUAUAUACAGUGAUUUGCUAACACUGAACAUGUAACUGCAAUUAUUUGAACAAUUCAAUCAUUUUUUUUUAAAUUCUCAGGAACUCUGUGAACUGGUCAAGGCAAAGAAGCAGGCACAGACAGCUGUAGCUGCCAAAAAUAAGAAAUCCUGAAAAAAAAUUGACAUUGUUUCUGUUCAUGUUAUGAUGACAAUUGAUAGAUUUUGAAAAUGCUAAUUUUAUUUUUUUAAUUGUAUUUUUGUCAUGAAUUUUCACAAUUUUUUUUCUAUUUUAAAUCUCUGAUACUCAUAAUUGUUUUAGAACAUUGAUCACUGACUUAAAGGGAUACAAAUUAAGGACUGUGAAUAUUUUUAAUUAUAAAAAUAAUCACAGAAAGGUUUUUAAAAAACGAAAAACUCAACUGAUUUUUUUUGGUUAGAGGUUUUUCAGUGUUUAAAUUUAAAGUGAAAAUAAAUUUCUCAAUAUCAAGAUUUUUAAAAGCCCUUUCAAAAUCCGUUAAUUGUACCCAAAACAUAUUUUAUAUAGUCAUAUUUAAAUAAGUGUGAUCAAGACUGACGUUAAAAAAUAAUUUUGUUUCAAAUUAACCUCAUGGGGUAAAGUACAGUACUUUUAUAAUAAAUGAAUGCAAAUUAUAAUCUCUGCUUUGAAGAAUAAAAAUGAAAAAAAUUAUUUUGCAUUUUGUACUUUAUUAGAAAUUUUUUAAAUUAAGUAUUUUUAGAAGAUUCAUUAUGAACUAUUUGCAAAUUACUGGAUGCCGUAAUAUUAG